AUGUCGUUAUCUAGAAUUCUGCGAUAUAACCAGAGGAACAACAAAACUACGGCUUCCUUGACUGCAGAGCACGCCUAUUCCAAUAAUUUGGUAUCUUCUGUUUCAUCAAGGGAACCUGAUAAUAUUGCUGUGGAUAUGGCUGCCAAGACAAGUGGGGCGCUAAAUGAACCAUAUGAUUCCGUUCUGUCUCCCCCCCCUGCAGCACGGAUAGACUGUACUCAAUCUUCUGGAGAUGAUAAAAACACGGAUUUGCAAAAACUGACCACUUCUUGGAUGGAGAAAAUUGGCACGGAGAUGCCCGAAAACAUAUCUAAAAUCGACUCUAAUAUUAUUUCCUCUCCCAUGGUCAGUAGGGUUGAAGCAAGAUUUAUUGUUCCGAAGGGAAAAUUGAGGAAAAACUCCAUCGAUUUUGCGUCAUCUUUCUCGAACUCGUUAAGCUUGCCCAAGAGUUAUGGCAAAUUAACUUUUUUCACGUCAAAGAAAAGCAAUAGCAGUACCAAAAGAAAUCAAGCUCAUGAUAUCAAUAAUAACAAGGAUGACAUCCAUUCUUCUAGCAGUAGUAGUCACAACAUUCCAGUCACCGCAACCACAAUGGCAUGCGACGAAAUUGCUUUCACUUCCACAGAACAUGAAUAUGAGGUUUAUGAGGACGACAGGAUGUUCACUACUCACGUCUAUUCUCUAGAAGAUUCGAUCUCUUCACUUUCCACCAACUUUCUCGACGAUACGUAUUCAGAAGCCGUUCAAGUAAAUACGAGACAUAUUGAGAAUACUGAAAGCACAACCCAUGUACGAAAACACUCCUAUACUACUUCUUUAUCAAGCAUCAAGAGGCUCUUAAAAAUAACGUCUUUUAACAAUCACAACAAUAGCUUAUGCGAUCACCAGGCAAACACAACUACAGAUAAUUGUGCUAUUACAUCAUCAUUGAACGAAGCCACCUCUUCUUCUGUCUCAACUAGAUCACUUUCUGUCAUGAGUGAGAAUGAAGACAACGACAGGAAUCAGAUUAUUCAGGCUUUAUAUAGUAACAUUGAAGCCUCCACGGACUUAGUUUCCAGGAAAUAUAGAGAUCUCAACGUUGUUCUCGGCGAAGGUUCUGGUGGCAAAGUGAAGCUGGUUCAAAGGGUCCUGGAUAAUAAAAUUUUUGCAUUAAAGGAAUACAGGUCCAAGAAAAGAAGGGAAUCUGAGAGAAUAUACAUCAAGAAAAUAAUUUCCGAAUACUGUAUUGCAUCCACUUUGAAAAACCCGAAUAUUUGUGAAACCUUGGAAAUAUUGUAUGAGAAUGGUAAAAUAUUUCAAAUUCUGGAAUACUGCGAAUAUGAUUUAUUUUCCUUGGUUAUGAGUGAAAAAAUGCAAUAUGAGGAAAUAUGUUGUCUUUUCAAGCAGCUAAUUAACGGUGUAAAAUAUUUGCACGAUAUUGGCCUUUCUCAUCGUGAUUUGAAGCUAGAUAACUGUGUCGUGACGCAAAAAGGGAUCUUGAAAUUGAUUGACUUUGGUGCUUCCAGUGUCUUCCAUUAUCCAUUGUCUUCACAGAUGAUUGAAGCAAAUGGAAUUGUCGGUAGCGACCCCUACUUAUCACCAGAAGUCUUUUAUUUCAGUGAGUACGAUCCAAGGGCACUUGAUGUUUGGUCCAUUGGAAUAAUAUUCUUUUGUAUGAUAACUAGAAGAUUCCCUUGGAAAUAUCCAAAAGUGAGAGAUGGCCAAUUCAAGGCAUUUUGUUCUGGAAGAGGUGUGUCAUCUUUCAAAGAUCUUGUGACAAGACCCGCUACCGAUGACAGCAAUAAAUAUGAUGAUGGUUACAAAGACGGAGCCAUCGAUAUGGGCCCCAAUUUCCUUUUACACAGGCUGCCAGAAGAAACUCACACAGUAAUGAGGCUUAUACUGGAAAUUUCACCUUUUAGAAGAAUUACCAUAAAUGGAUUAUUACAAGAUAACUGGAUUCAAGAAAUAGAAGCAUGUCAAGUUGUGGGCGCGGCGGGCUCAGAUGAGGCAUCGCUUCAAAUAAUAAACAAAGGUAAUCAUAUCCAUACAAACAUCGAUCAACGAUACGCUCAUAUCGGCGGCCUGCAUCAGCAAACGUAA